CCUCCUCCUACCUCUGCUCCUCCCCGCUCGGCAGCCAUGGCGCGAGCCUCGAGCCUGUCGCUGCUGCUCGCGCUGGUGGUCGCGGCGGCGGCGGCCGGUGCCAGGGUGCGCGUGCACGCGGCCGGGAACGCGACGCUGGGCCAGCUCCGCGCGCGGCGGGGGCGGCGGGAGGCGCUCGAGAACGGCCUCGGCGGGACGCCGCAGAUGGGGUGGAACAGCUGGAACCACUUCUACUGCGGGAUCAGCGAGGAGAUCAUCAGGGAGACAGCUGAUGCGUUGAUCAACACCGGUCUGGCGCAAUUGGGCUAUAAAUAUGUUAACAUCGAUGAUUGCUGGGCAGAAUUAAACAGGGAUUACCAGGGUAACAUGGUUCCAAACAAAAGAACAUUCCCAUCUGGCAUCAAGGCGCUUGCAGAUUAUGUGCACGCGAAAGGGUUGAAACUCGGUAUCUACAGUGAUGCUGGGAUGCAAACAUGCAGUAACAAAAUGCCAGGAUCGCUCGAUCACGAAGAGCAAGACGUGAAGACUUUUGCUUCUUGGGGAGUUGAUUAUCUGAAGUACGACAACUGCAAUGAUGCUGGCAGGAGUGUCCACGAAAGAUACACUAGGAUGAGCAACGCCAUGAAGAAAUACGGGCAGAACAUCUUCUUCUCACUCUGCGAAUGGGGAAACGAAAACCCUGCUACAUGGGCACGUGGCAUGGGCGGUAAUAGCUGGAGGACAACUGGCGACAUUGCUGACAACUGGGGCAGCAUGACAUCCCGCGCGGACCAGAAUGACAAAUGGGCCUCCUAUGCUGGACCUGGUGGAUGGAACGAUCCUGAUAUGCUCGAAGUUGGAAAUGGUGGGAUGUCCGAAGCCGAGUACCGCUCGCACUUCAGCAUCUGGGCACUUGCCAAGGCUCCUCUUCUGAUCGGGUGCGACGUGCGCUCGAUGAGCCCGCAGACAAAGACCAUAAUCAGCAAUCAGGAGGUCAUCGCUGUCAACCAAGAUAGCCUAGGCGUCCAGGGAAAGAAGGUGCAAUCCGACGGUGGUUUGGAGGUUUGGGCCGGCCCGCUCAGCGGCAACAGAAAGGCGGUGGUUCUAUGGAACAGGCAGGGGUACCAGGCAACCAUCACCGCACACUGGUCAAACGUCGGGCUUCCGGGGUCCGCGUCCGUCACCGCUCGCGAUCUAUGGGCGCACUCGUCGUUCUCUGCUCAGGGGCAGCUAUCUGCGUCGGUGGCGCCUCAUGACUGCAAGAUGUACAUCCUGACACCAAAGUAACCGUAGGCGAAAGCAUAGCAAGUCGAUCCAUCUAGUUCAGGGGGAAGGGUUUGCAAGGAAGGAUCGAUAGAGCUGAGACGAGGUGAAUUGAGCAAUGUGGCUUUGGUUGUAUGACCUUAGAAAUAAGCUGCAGCUGUAUGUAAAGUGCCGUGGAAAUGUCGGCGGCGCGUGUGUUUUCUGAAGUUUGCAAGUUGUAACGAAAGUUGCAGCAAUAAAAAUGGGUUUUCGUAGCGCC